GAACCCGGCCGGGCCGCGCGCCGGGCCAGGCGGCAGGCGCGCGCUGAUUGGACGGCGCUCCCCACGGCGCGGGCCCGCAGCCGGGCUCCCCGCACAGCCCGAGCCAGCGGCCGCCGCACCCAACCGCGUCGGCAUGGACAAGGGCAGCCGCGGCGCGCCCACCCCCCGCGCCGAUGUGAAUUAUUAAAAAGAAAAUGGCCCAACGGAGCACUGUAUUUCCUUCUCUUGUCACUGAGGAAAGGUGUAAUAUAUGGAAAAUAUGCAUCUAAGGCGAGUUCGGACUAUGCCCCGACACAGCCAGUCCCUGACCAUAGCACCCUACUCGUCCGUGAGCCUAGUGGAGCAACUGGAGGAUCGGAUCCUCUGCCACGAGAAAACCACGGCCGCCCUUGUGGAGCACGCCUUCCGGAUUAAAGACGACAUUGUCAGCAGCUUGCAGAAAAUGCAGAACAAAGGGGGAGGCGACCGCUUGGCCAGGCUUUUCUUGGAGGAGCACAUCAGGAACAUAACCGCCAUCGUGAAGCAGCUUAAUCGGGAUAUCGAGGUCCUUCAGGAGCAGAUCCGUGCCCGGGACAACAUUAGCUACGGAACGAAUUCUGCCUUAAAGACCCUGGAGAUGCGUCAGCUCUCUGGUCUGGGAGAUCUUCGGGGAAGAGUGGCCAGGUGUGACGCCAGCAUUGCGCGGCUCUCUGCGGAGCACAAAAGCACGUGCGAGGGCCUCCAGCACUUGAACAAAGAGCAGCAAGCCGCCAAGCUUCUCCUGGAAACGAAGAUCAAGGACGCAGAGGGACAGAUUUCUCAGCUUUUGAACAGAGUGGACUUGUCAAUAUCAGAGCAAAGCACCAAACUGAAGAUGUCCCACAGAGACACUAACCACCAGCUUCAGCUCUUGGACACUAAAUUUAAAGGUACAGUUGAGGAACUCAGUAAUCAGAUUUUAUCUGCACGAAAUUGGUUGCAACAGGAACAAGAACGGAGAGAAAAAGAACUUUUACAGAAAAUCGAUCAGCUUUCCUUGGUUGUUAAGGAAAACUGUGGAGCCAGCGAAAGGGACAUGGAGAAGAAGCUCAGCCAGAUGUCAGCCAGACUGGACAAAAUAGAAGAGAGUCAAAAGAAGAACGUGGAGGGGCAGAGGGCAAAGCAGGAAGAAGACAAGGUGCACGGGCGCAUCAGCAAGCUGGAGCUACAGCUGAACGAGGACAUGAAGGAGAUGAAAGCGGAGGUUGACGCGGGGUUUACAGCCAUCUAUGAAAGCAUAGGAUCCCUCAGGCAAGUUCUCGAAGCUAAGAUGAAGCUGGACAAGGACCAGUUACAGAAGCAAAUCCAACAGAUGCAGAAGCCGGAAGCUCCCAUGUGAAGGGACCUGGGACACGGACCUCAAAAGUGGUUGUGCCCGUGGGGCUGGAGCUGGAUACCUCCUGUAGCCAGGCUGUCGCUGCAUUCAGGAUUGUUCCGUUCAUGGCGUGCAUGUGCCAAGAAAUGUGUUUUCGUGAGUCUCAAUGUUUACCUUGAGUCUUGAAAACACUCUUUAAAAGUAUUAAGUACAGUUUUUACCACUUUAUUCCACUUAUCUAAAUUCAAUGGAAUAUCUUCCUUGCCCUGGGUUUUGAAAGGCUUUUGUCCCCUUCAUUUUAUGAAUGAAAAGACUUGAAACAAUUUUCCUUCAGUGCUUGAUGCUCUAAGACUUUACUAUUUUGAAAAAUGUCAUGGUGAUUUUUUUACAUUAAGAAACUAAUGAGUUGUC